AUGUCUACACCUAAUGGGGUACUAGAAGCUGUGAAGCGGUUUCAGAAGGAACCUUUGGAGGAAAACCGUGACUAUAUGGUGCUGCAGCAAGCUAAGAAUCAUGUAGAACGGCGGCUACCCGAGAUGAAGUACCUGUCAAAACAGAUGCAACAGCUAUACCAGCUGCUAGACAAAACAAGGAACUACCAGGAAUUUGUUGAUGUGUUAAUGAACAACGGGCCUUUGUUGCAGGAGAUUUUUAUGUUAGAGCGGCAUACGCAGCGGAAGCCUCCAACCCCAAGGAUAAACUGGCGUAAGUUUGGACUGGAUGUGGAGGAAUACUUGAUAGAGAACCAUAUGGAGGGUCUUGGCGCCGACUGCGGUUGGGCAUUUAAUGAUUAA